AUGAGCCCCUACAUCAUCACAAUUUUAUUAUCAAGCCUGGGCCUUGGCACGGCCCUUACCUUUAUAAGCUCCCACUGACUAUUAGCAUGAAUAGGACUAGAGAUUAAUACCCUAGCAAUUCUCCCCUUAAUAGCCCAACACCACCACCCCCGAGCAGUAGAAGCCACCACUAAAUACUUUCUAGCCCAAGCCGCCGCCGCAGCAACUAUCCUGUUCGCCAGCACUAUCAACGCCUGAGCUACGGGAGAAUGAAACAUCUACUGCCUAUCCCACCCCGCCGCAACAAUCUUAAUUACCAUGGCACUAGCACUAAAAGUGGGACUAGCCCCCGUACACUUCUGAAUGCCCCCGGUCAUACAAGGCCUAAACUUAACUACAGGGCUAAUCAUAGCCACCUGACAAAAACUAGCCCCAUUCGCACUAAUUAUUCAAAUAGCCCCAUUUACCCACCCGCUCCUACUAACAACCCUGGGGCUACUAUCAGUUUUCAUCGGGGGCUGAGGAGGCCUAAACCAAACUCAACUACGAAAAAUUCUAGCCUACUCAUCCAUCGCCCACCUCGGCUGAAUAAUCAUUGUUACACAGUAUAAACCACAGCUAACCGUACUAGUAUUAAUCACAUACAUCAUCAUGACAUCAGCAACAUUCCUGACAUUUAAACUAAUAGCCACCACAAAAAUUAAUACCCUAGCAAUAAGCUGGGCCAAAGUGCCCACUAUUACAGCCAUAGCUGCCCUAGCCCUACUAUCUCUAGGAGGCCUCCCCCCACUAACAGGUUUUAUGCCAAAAUGACUGAUCUUACAAGAACUAACCAUACAAGGACUUCCCCUCACCGCAACAAUAAUAGCACUCAGCGCUUUAUUAAGCUUAUACUUUUACCUACGACUCUGUUACGCCAUAACACUAACAAUUUCCCCCAAUACAAAUAACUCCUCCGCCCCCUGGCGCAUGCAAAACACACAGGCCACAGCCCCUCUCGCCACCCUAAUAAUUAUAACCCUGCUACUCCUUCCCCUCACCCCCCUGGCCCAAACACUAACCAAUU